AUGUUUGGUGUCCGUAAAGUGAGCUGUUCUAGCAGACUGCUAUGGAACAAUGCCAGGAGGUAUUCAGUGAAGGUAGCCGACAAGUCGGUAUCUGGGGACUUGUAUUUGAACCCUGCUCAAUGGAUUGGGUUGCCAUCGGAGCAGAUCUUUCAGCUAUAUCGUGAAAGAGUUGUUAGGCUGGGUUCCAAUUAUGUGCAGAGCAAAGACGAAUUAGAUGCAUUGAAAAGCACGUCGAAGGACUCCGACGUACCUCCCCAUGUUAUUGAGAGACUGUAUAAACAAGGUGAGGCGGCGGCAAUCGAUCUCUCUGGUGGUGUUUCCAAACCCAAGUUCGACCCAAUGCCCUUUGAGUACAACGAGUUGCCUACCCCGGCACAAGAUCUUGUCGAACAACACAGGGAACAGAGGUUUUAUAAUAGAUUGGCUGCAUACGAUCUGCCAUUACUGGUCCAAUUCAGAAAGGACUAUAAUCCCGAGAAGAAACUGAACCCACAGCAGUACCCGGCAAUUUACCGUUAUACAACGUACUUGGGUGAACCUGAACAUCCAAAUAACCGUAAAGUCUCUCUACAGAUCAAGACAAAAAAUCUAUUGGAAUCAAAGAGUUUGACUGAACAACAGUUGCACGUCUUUAGACUGUUGGCCCGCACGAGGUAUGACCAUCUGACUGAUACAUUCAAAAUGUCAAGUGAUAAGUUCCCUGAAGCUGAACAGAAUGCAAAAUAUUUAAACUCAGUGUUGAGUAAGUUGAUCGCAGAAUCAAAAAACCCAGAGAACAAAGAUUUGAUCGAUGUUCCAUUAGAAACUUCCCACACAGUGGCAAAGAACUUGCGUAAAUCUAAUAAGGGUUCGAAGAACUACAUCUUCCCAGAGGAAUGGAAACGUCCACAAGAUGCUGCGAAGGCUAAAUUCGAUUUUGUCAGUAAGAUCGAACAAGUCUUGAAACAGUGA